AUGUGGCUAGGCACGAUGGUGCCAAAAGCGAAACAAGGUGUGGCUAGGCACGGGGGUGUCGAGUACAACACAAAACUUGCGUGUCGCAGAGCGAUGUGGCUAGGCAUGAUGGCGCCGAAGGCGAUACAAGGUGUGGCUAGGCAUGAGGGUGCCGAGUACAACACAAAGCUUGCGUGUCGCAAGGCGAUAUGGCUAGGCACGAUGGUGCUGAAGGCGACACAAGGUGUGGCUAGGCACGGGGGUGCCGAGUGCAACACAAAGCUUGCAUGUCGCAGAGCGAUGUGGCUAGGCACUGUGGUGCCGAAGGCGAUACAAGGCUCGCAUGUCACAAGGCGAUGUGAUUAG